UCCGAGGGAGGGCACAGCUUUCUCUUCUCCGGCAAGGGGCUGUCAGCUCCCCUCCCGGGUCUGCCGUGUACCAGGACGUGUGCUGAUUCGCCGUCCUGCCCCCUUGACCUCCCUUCCCCCAAGUAUGAAGCUUGAAGCCCCAUUCAACAAUCUGGCAGAGGAGGCCUCCAGCUAAUGCGGGAGACAGAUCAGUCACGGGCAGCUCUGACCAAGGCUGUUUUGCAAGGGAGCGUCAUGUAGAGACAGAGCAGAGGUGAGUGGGGUAGGGCCAAGCUAUUUCCAGCUGUGGGUUCAGGAACGCUUGAAGGAAGCUGACCAAUGAGUGACAUCUGGAAGGAGAGGAGGAUUUCCCGGAGUGGAGGUGGAGCCCUCACACGGAGGAAGCGCGGGAUCAGGCAGCAGUUUUCCCAACCUGCCUUGCCCCUGGAGUAGAAUGCUGCCCCUCACCAUUCCCAGCCCAUCCCACGGACCUCCCCACUCCAUUGUGACACGACUUCCUGGACACCAGUGGAACCUAAACGGUCUGUUUCCGAGGGUCUGGCUGGGCCUGGACUGUGGUCAGAUGGCAGGAGAAGAGAACUUCAAGGAAGAGCUCAGAUCCCAGGAUGCUCCCAGGAACUUGAACAGGCAUGAGGCAGCAGGGUAUCCGUAUUCCCGGUCUCUGAAGAUGCUGUUACGCAGAUUGAAGGUCGUCACCACCAAGCAGGAUGACAAGUUUGCCAACCUCCUGGUUGCGGUGGGGGAGUUCGGCACCUUCCAACGGAGGCUGGUGGCCCUCACCUUUAUCCCCAGCAUCCUGUCGGCCUUCUUCAUGUUUGCUGACCACUUCGUGUUCACAGCUCAGAAGCCCUAUUGCAACACCAGCUGGAUCCUGGCAGUGGGCCCCCACCUGUCUGAAGCUGAGCAGCUGAAUCUGACCAUACCCCGGGCACCCAAUGGCAGUCUCCUGACCUGCCUCAUGUACCUUCCUGUGCCCUGGAAUCUGGAUUCUAUCAUCCACUUUGGCCUCAAUGACACAGACACAUGCCGAAAUGGAUGGAUCUAUCCUGACGCUAAGAAGCGAUCGCUGAUCAAUGAGUUUGACUUGGUAUGUGGCAUGGAGUGGAAGAAGGACACCCCAGAGAUCGUGUUCAUGGCAGGGCUCCUGAUAGGCUCAGUCGUUUUCGGGCUCAUAACUGACAAGAUGGGCCGUUACCCUGCCAUCCUGCUGUCGCUGCUGGGGCUGAUCAUCUUCGGCUUCGGGACAGCCUUCGUGAACAGCUUUCACCUGUAUUUGUUCUUUCGCUUUGCCGUCUCGCAGUCAGUGGUGGGCUACGCCAUCAGCAGCAUUUCUCUGGCCACUGAGUGGCUCAUGGACAAGCACCGGGCCCAUGCCAUCAUCCUGGGGCACUGCUUCUUCGCCGUGGGGACCGUGUUGCUGACGGGGAUCGCCUACAGACUUCCCCACUGGCGGCUGCUGUUUCUGGUGGGUGGGGUACCUGCAUUCCCCCUCAUCUCCUAUAUCUGGAUUCUCCCGGAGUCCCCACGGUGGCUGAUGAUGAAAGGGAAGGUGAAGGAGGCCAAGCAGGUGUUGUGCUACGCAGCGAGUGUGAACAAGAAGACCAUUCCUGCAAAUCUGCUGGACGAGCUGCAGCUGCCCAGAAAGAAGGUGACUAAGGCCUCUGUCCUGGACUUCUGCAAGAAUAGACAACUCUGCAAGGUGACGUUGGUGAUGGGCUGUGUGUGGUUUACCAUCAGUUACACCUAUUUUGCAUUGAUCCUGAGAAUGAGAGUGCUGGGCGUGAGCCUCUACUUCAGACAUGCGUUCCCUGGCAUCAUGGAGGUGCCUGCCCUGCUGUGCUGCCGUUUUCUCCUGCAGCAGAUUGGGAGGAAGUGGAGCCUGGCUGUGGCUCUCUUCCAAGCUGUCAUCUGGUGCUUGGUUCUCCUUUUCCUCCCUGAAGGGGAGGAUGGCCUCAGACUCAGGCAGCCACGUUGUCCGGCAGCAGGGCUGAAAUCCGUGACAGUCUUGGUGAUCACACUGGGAGAGGUCAGCCUGGCUGCGACCGCCAUGGUGUUCUUCCUCCACACCGCGGAGCUCGUCCCCACUGUGCUCAGGGCAACAGGUCUGGGGCUGGCAUCUCUGGCUUCGGCGGCUGGAGCCAUCUUUUCCCUGACAACCGUCAGACAGACCCUCUCCCACCUGCCCGUCUUUUUCUGCUGCGUCUCAGCCAUUGUGGGCUUUUCCCUCUCCUUCCUGCUGCCAGAAACACAAGAUCAGUGCCCCUCUGACAGCCUGGACCACUCCUCACAGAUAGGGAAUGAGGUUGAGGACAUGAUGACGGAGGAUGCGUCAUCUGAUGAUGUGUCUGAAGAAGCAGCCAAGAACAGCAUUCUCAAUGCCCAGAUCCUGAAACUGAACCCAUACCCUAUCUCCAGCACUUCCUUGGGGGGAUUCAAUGAAGGGGAAGCAGACAGCCGGGCUCCCUGAGGGCCAGGCCCCCAGACCGUCUUGGGUUGGAAUGGAGUGGCCAAGCAUGGGCUUGUGGAUUUCAGGCCACAAAUUCCAGGCCCAGUUUAGUCAGGGGGGCAGGGUUAGUCCUGCUCCCGGCCAGCCCUUGACAUUAAAAAAAAUAAAUAAAAAAGGCCCCUCUUCUGCAGGAGCUCUGCUGUGAUUCAUUCCAAUAAAGGUACAACGGUCCUGAGAUGGCUGGGUCAAAGCUGGCUGUGUCUGGAGAAUGCAGAGGCCCUGGCGUGGGGGAGAUGGGUUAGACAGACUCCUUAGUGUCUUCGGCUACUCGCUCCGGGACAGGGAGGAGCUCCCUGGAAGGGGGCAGAGGAGGGGGAAGGGCAAGGUCUAUGAGGGCCAGAGGUGAGCAGGACUGUGCCUCCACACCACCUAUCACCGCAAUCCCACAAAACCUCUAGCACAGUGGGUUUCCACGCGAAGCACAGGCUGAGGACAGAUUUCAAAGCUCCAUUUCACGCAUGAGCCGGGGCAGGCAUGGGAUGUAAACUUCCCCCACUUGUCCCGUUGCGCAGGGCUUUCUCACUGUCUUUCUGCUGAUGCUGCAAAUAAGCAUGGCCUUGGGAAUUACCCGAAUCAGUCCACGUCCCUGGGGAGGCCUUCCCUGAUGGCUCCACCCCAGCUGACCUCUGGCCUCCACUACACUGAGAAUAAGCCCCCAUACUGCAGCUUACAUCCCAACUGCCCUGCAGGGGAUUCUGCCCUUCCCCGCUGGCAUGGGGGCUCUGCCAGGCAGGGCCCAGGACUCCUCAACCAGACUGUGAAGUCCUUGGGUGAGACCCUCAGCACCUCCUCCUGUCUCCCUGGGAGAGGCGUUGGGGCCUGCCUUACCUCCUCCACUCUUGGCUAGUUUAUUGGAAGAUCAUGGGCUUGCAGAGAAUCGCUCUGGUUUGACUCCUUGUAGCCUCUGAGGGAGGAAGCAGAUAAGCAUGUCAGUUCUCAUGGAUCUCCUGGGCAGGUUGGAGUC